UAUAAUAGGACUUUCCUUUGCGUAAUCUUUGUUUGUUUGGUUUUUUUUUGCAGAUCGAAGAAAAUCAAGAAUGUGGGAAUUAAAGAUAUCAGAAGGGAAUGGGCCCUACUUGUAUAGCACAAACAACUUCGUUGGUAGACAACUUUGGGAAUUUAAUCCGAAUGGGGGAACUUCAGAUGAAAAAGCAGAAAUUGAAAGAGUUCGCCAAAACUACAAAGUAAAUAGAAAAAAUGGAGGAUUCCAUGCAUGCGGUGAUCUCCUCGCGCAUAUGCAGCUAAUAAAAGAGAGUGGAAUCGAUGUUACAAGCAUAGCUCCAAGAAGACUAACGCAAGAUGAAGAAGUAAACUUUGAAGCCAUAACGACCGCAGUUAAGAAAGCGGUCAGACUGCAUUGUGCAAUCCAAGCGCACGACGGCCACUGGCCUGCUGAAAAUGCCGGCCCUAUGUUUUUCACUCCCCCACUUUUGAUUGCUUUAUACAUUAGUGGUACCAUCAACACUGUCUUGAGUGGCGAACACAGGUUUGAGAUGAUACGCUAUUUCUACAAUCAUCAAAAUGAAGAUGGGGGAUGGGGAUUUUAUAUUGAUGGUGAAAGUACGAUGAUGGGAUCCGUAAUGAAUUACAUAGCCUUACGCAUACUAGGAGAGGGAGAAACUGAUGGUGAUGGUGCAAUAACUAUAGCGCGUAAGUGGAUACUUGAUCAUGGAGGCGCAACUUCUAUUCCCUCUUGGGGAAAAGUUUAUCUUUCGGUUCUUGGAGUCUAUGAAUGGGCGGGUUGCAACCCGUUGCCCCCAGAAUUUUGGCUUUUCCCAACUGCAUUUCCUUUUCAUCCUGCUGAGAUGUGGUGCUACUGUCGGACAACCUACAUGCCAAUGUCAUAUCUGUAUAGGAGAAAAAUCCAAGGACCAAUCACACAUCUUGUAUUAUCAUUACGCAAAGAAAUUCAUAGCACCCCUUAUGAGGAAAUUGAUUGGAAUAAGCAACGGAAUAAUUGUUGCAAGGAGGACUUGUUCUACCCACAUUCAUUUCUUCAAAAUGCACUGUGGCAUAGUCUCCACUACGUUAUGGAGCCCGUUCUUAAAUACUGGCCAUUUUCUACACUACGACAAAAAUCUCUCAAAAGAGUUGUUGAACUUAUGCGCUAUGAAUCUGAACAAACUAGAUACAUGACAAUAGGAUGCGUUGCAAAAAGUCUCCAAAUGAUGUGUUGGUGGGCAGAGAAUCAAAAUGGAGAUGAGUUCAAAUAUCACCUUGCCAGACUACCCGAUUACUUAUGGAUUGCAGAAGAUGGAAUGACGAUGCAAAGUUUUGGUAGUCAACUGUGGGAUUGUGCUCUCGCAACUCAAGCAAUUAUUGCAAGUCAAAUGACCGAGGAAUACGCUGAUUGUCUUCAGAAAGCACACUCCUACAUAAUAGAAUCACAGGUCAAAGAAAAUCCAGCAGGAGAUUUUAGUAACAUGUGUAGGCAGUUUACAAAAGGGUCAUGGACCUUUUCAGAUCAAGAUCAUGGGUGGACUGUCUCGGACUGCACAGCUGAAGCUCUAAUGUGUCUACUCUUAUUAUCAAAAACGCCGAAAGCAACUACUGGAGAAAAAGAUGAUGUUUCCCGACUAUAUGACGCAGUGAAUGUGCUUCUUUACAUGCAAAGUCCAGUAAGUGGAGGAUUUUCUGUUUGGGAGCCACCAAUUCCAAAACCAUUUCUACAGCUUUUGAAUCCUUCAGAGGUGUUUGCAGAUAUUAUAGUUGAGAAAGAGCAUGUGGAGACAACAUCCUCAAUCAUUGUAGCUUUGGUAGAAUUCAGACGUAUCCACCCACGACAUAGGGAGAAUGAAAUAGCACUUUCCAUUUCAAAAGGAAUACGAUUUAUAGAGGAAAGACAACGGGAUGAUGGUUCAUGGUAUGGCUAUUGGGGAGUAUGCUUUAUAUAUGGAACAUUCUUUGCCUUAAGGGGUUUAGGUUCAGCCGGAAUGACAUAUGACAACAAUGAAGCAGUUCGGAAAGGUGUGAAGUUCUUACUUUCAAUACAGAACGAAGAAGGUGGGUGGGGAGAGAGCCACAAGUCUUGUCCUACCGAGAUAUACACACCGUUGGAUGGAAAACGAACAAAUUAUAUGCAGACAUCAUGGGCUAUGCUUGGUCUUAUGUUUGGUGGACAGGCGGAAAGAGACCCAUCGCCUUUACAUAAAGCAGCAAAGUUGUUGAUUAACGCUCAGACGGCUAAAGGAGAUUUUCCUCAGCAGGAAAUUGGGGGAGUUUAUAUGAAGAAUUGUCUGCUGUUAUAUGCACUACACAGGAACAUUUUUCCACUCUGGGCGCUUGCAGAAUAUCGUAAACGUCUUUGGUAG